UUUUUAGAGCGGGGUUGGAGGGCUGAGGGCUGAGAAAAGAGAGGGAAAACGGAAAACCAAAGAGAGGAGAGAGAACAAGCAGAAGAGUACGGACGCUCUCGACAUUGCCACUGCCAUUUCCUCCGUCAUCUUCUAUAAUUUCAAUCUUUAAGCUUGGUAGACUCUCAGGCCUAAAUCUUCUUUUAUGAGGUUCAAGUGUUGGAGUUGCUUUCCCAUGAAAAUUUCAUAACUGCAAUGGAGUUCACUGAAUCUUAUAAGCAGACCGGUCCGUGUUGUUUCUCACCAAAUGCUCGAUUUCUCGCUGUUGCAGUUGAUUAUCGUCUUGUGAUUAGGGAUGUGUUAUCGCUUAAGGUUGUGCAGUUAUUCUCUUGCUUGGAUAAGAUAAGCUACAUUGAGUGGGCUCUUGAUUCAGAAUACAUACUUUGUGGUCUCUAUAAGAGACCAAUGAUACAAGCAUGGUCAUUGACUCAGCCUGAAUGGACAUGUAAAAUAGAUGAAGGUCCUGCUGGUAUUGCGUAUGCUAGGUGGAGCCCUGACAGUCGCCACAUACUUACCACAUCAGAUUUCCAAUUACGAUUAACAGUUUGGUCACUGGUGAACACAGCAUGUGUACAUGUGCAAUGGCCAAAACAUGCAUCUAAGGGCGUUUCCUUCACCCAAGAUGGAAAAUUUGCAGCUAUUUGCACAAGGCGUGAUUGCAAGGACUAUAUUAAUCUGCUGUCUUGCCAUACAUGGGAGAUUAUGGGUGUUUUUGCUGUUGAUACGUUGGACUUGGCUGAUAUUGAAUGGUCACCAGAUGAUAGUGCUAUUGUUAUCUGGGAUUCGCCUCUUGAAUACAAGGUUCUUAUCUACUCCCCAGAUGGGAGGUGCCUAUCUAAGUAUCAAGCAUAUGAAAGUGGACUAGGUGUGAAGACCGUUUCAUGGUCUCCUUGUGGUCAGUUUUUAGCAGUUGGUAGUUAUGAUCAGAUGUUGCGGGUUUUGAAUCACCUGACUUGGAAAACAUUUGCUGAAUUUUUGCACCUAUCUACUGUUCGUGCUCCUUGUUAUGCUGCUGUUUUCAAGGAGGUAGAUGAGCCUCUGCAACUUGAUAUGUCAGAACUAUGUUUAAGUGAUGAUUUUAUACAAGGCAAUUCUGAUGCUCCAGAAGGCCAUGUCCGAGUUAGGUAUGAGGUUAUGGAGGUGCCCAUUACAUUGCCUUCACAGAAGCCUCCUGCAGACAGACCAAACCCUAAACAAGGAGUUGGUCUUAUGUCAUGGAGCAAAGACAGUCAGUAUAUUUGUACCCGCAAUGAUAGUAUGCCGACUGCUGUCUGGAUAUGGGAUAUACACCGUCUUGAGCUUGCUGCCAUCCUGGUCCAGAAAGAUCCCAUUCGAGCAGCGGCUUGGGAUCCCACGUGCCCACGGCUUGUUCUUUGUACUGGAAGCUCGCACUUGUACAUGUGGACACCUUCAGGUGCUUACUGUGUGAGUAAUCCGUUGCCCCAGUUUUCAGUCACUGAUCUCAAAUGGAAUUCAGACGGGAGUUGUCUUCUCCUCAAGGACAAAGAGUCAUUUUGUUGUGCUGCUAUGCCUAUUCUGCCAGAAUCUAGUGAAUAUAGCUCAGAUGAUUGAGCAGUGUUUUAAGAAAUUCUUCUUCACUGCCAUGCUUUCAGAGCUGACAUGAUUAAAGGCUUUUAUUACUUAUUUCUAGGCAGACUUGUAUGUAAAUUUGAGUUUGUGGAAUUGUGAAACUGUGUUUUAAUUUUAUGUGUUAUUAAAUUAUUUUAGAGAGUGCAGCGUGUUUUCGAUUUAA